AUGGCUGGAUUACUGUUUGAAGAAACUGAACACCUUGUGCACUCUCUUAAUUAUAAGGUUGGCUCAACAGUGGAAGUGAAGAGCCCAGAGGGUAGACUUAGCGAAGCUAUCAUCAGUAAACUCACAGAUGCCAGCUGGUACACUGUGGUUUUUGAUGACGGAGAUGAGAAAACCCUUAGAAGAACUUCACUGUGUCUUAAAGGCGAAAGACAUUUUGCAGAGAGUGAGACUUUGGACCAACUGCCCCUGACUAACCCAGAGCACUUUGGCACUCCAGUCAUUGGAAAAAAGACAAAUCGAGGUAGAAGGCCUUCUCAGGCAGUUGCAGAAGAUGAAAAGGAGUCUUCAUCGAGUGAAGAUGACGAAGAUGACAGGAGGAGGCUUAAUGAUGAUCUUUUGGGGAAAGUUGCCUGCGUUGAGAGUGGCUCCGAUGGUGAUUCCUGGCACUAUGUCCUGGUGAUAUCUCCAAGCUGCAAUGAUGACCUAACUGUCAAAAAGGACCAAUGUUUAGUGCGAUCAUUUGCAGAUUCCAAAUUUCACACAGUGGCACGCAAAGAUGUUCAGGACGUAAACAUUGGCACCGUCUCCAAACCGGAGUGCUCCAACAGGAAAGGGUUUGAAGCAGCACAGCGCUUUGUACAGUCCAGACAAGUCCCUGACAACUGGAAAGUGGACUUGAGUGAGAUUCUUGAAUCCUCUAGCAGUGAUGAAGAAGACAAUAAUGAGGAUGGUGAAGGAAAAGUGGGCGAAGAGGAGGAGAAGAAGCCAGAACCAGAGGAACCUGAUGAUGAGCCAGACCCAGAAGAAAGGGACCACUUUCUACAGCAACUUUACAAAUUCAUGGAGGACAGAGGGACGCCAAUUAACAAACCUCCAGUGCUUGGCUACAAGGAUCUCAACCUCUUCAAGCUCUUCCGACUGGUGCAUAUUCACGGAGGCUGUGACAAUAUUGAAAGCGGCUCUAUUUGGAAACAGAUCUACAUGGAUCUUGGCAUCCCGAUUCUGAACUCUGCUGCCUCGUACAAUGUGAAAACAGCCUACAGAAAGUACCUGUAUGGAUUUGAGGAGUUCUGCCGCUCUGCUCAGAUCCAGUUCAGGACGGUGCACCACAACGAGCCACGACCAGACCGCCAGCCGGAAGUGCAGUGCGUUAAGACUGUGAAAAAAGAGAGCGGAGACACAGAUGAGAUGAUGCAGCAGGUUACAGCGGAGCCUGAAACUAGCGAGGACAAACCUGCGGCAGACGCUGAUGAGUCAGAUACUGAGAGCGAAAAGGGACACAAAGAUAUCUGCUCGCCCAGGGGCCGGCGGCGGUGUACAGUGACCCCUGUGAAAGUAGAGGCGAAAGAGCCUGUGAAACAGGAGAAUCCAAAGGAAGAGAAGGAGGAGGAGACACAAAUUGAAGGAGAAAACAGUGAAGAGGAGCAAAAGGAGAAAUCUGAUGGGGAGACCCCUGGGAAACGACGCAGCCGCCACCUUGAGGAGUCUGAUAAAGAUACUGAUGAUGAAGAACAGGAGGAUGAUGAAGAUGAGGAAGACGAUGGCGAGAGAUCCAGACUCGGGGACCGAGAUGAGAGGGAGGAGGAUGACGGCUGUGAGGACUCUGUGACUGGCACUAAAGUCAAAGUGAAAUACGGCAAGGGGAAGACACAGAAGAUCUAUGAAGCUAACAUCAAGAACACAGAAACCGAUGAUGGAGAGGCUCUUUACCUGGUUCAUUAUUACGGCUGGAAUGUGAGAUAUGAUGAAUGGGUCAAGGCAGAUCGAAUAAUAUGGCCUGUCGAUAAGGGUGGAACAAAGAGAAAACAAAAGAAAAAAGUCAAGAAUAAAGAAGAUGAAGAGAAGGAGAAAGAGGAGGAUAAACAGGCCAAACAAGGGAUACGGCGAGGCCGUCCUCCACUCAAAUCCACCCCUCCCAGCACUUCCCACAGUGUGUCCAAGACCCCCAGCAGCGAGGGUCGCUCCAGCAGCAAGAACUCGCGGCCCACAGAUGCCUCUGCCCUGCCAAAUGGAGAGGGUACCCCUUGUCGGCGAACGAGGAGAACUUCUGGAAUGUAUGAUUCGGAUAGAGGAUCUAAUGAUUCAGGGAACUCCUCGGAUGAUAGUGAGUGCGAGGAAUCUCCUGAGAAAAAGCUGGAAUGGACCGAGACAACCGAUCCACCCCUGACAGCAAAACAAGAGGCAGCAGAGAAUCUCCCAGAGGAGAGCACAAUGCCAGAACCUGUGCAGACUGAGCCUGAACUUCCCAGCAGCCCUCAGGAGAUGCCAAACUUCAAGGAGAGCGAGAGCAAACCUGAGGAAGUCACAUCCCUGCUCCCUGUUGAGUCUGAUGACGGAUCUCCAAAACCAAAAGCGAAGAAGCCUUGUUUGAAAGAACCAGGAUCAGAGACUCCCACACAAACACCUGCUGCUGCUAAUCACACCGAGACAGAGGAACCCUCCACUCCUCCGCGACCUGCGAAGAAAUCCCAGGAAACGCCACACAGCAGUCCUGUAGAGAGAAUAAAGCCGGUGGAGACAGCCGGCUCAGACACAGACUCCGCAACCGAGGACAUCGGCCCGCCAGAGCGAAGCACCGCAGUGAAACGCAAAGUCACUGAACAGCGAACACCGGAAAAGAAAAUCCGCCUGGACAGAAAAGAAGAACCCAAAAUGUUUUCUCCAGUUAAAACACCGCUGCUGGAGAAGAAACCUGAUCCUGAGAAGAAGACCGAGGUGGUGCAGAAACCAGAGGAACACCCUUCUCCAACAUUAUCAUCUCCCAGUAAAGAUAUCGAGAUGAAAUCUGAGAUGCCUGCUCUUACCAGAGAGGUGCACCUCAGGGUGGAACCUCCUUGCCUAGAGCUGGAGGAUCCAACAACAACUGCAAACGAGGAAAUGAUGCCACAAAUCGGCCCCGAGGCGCUUGUCUGCCAUGAAGUGGACCUUGACGAUCCAGAGGAGAAGGACAGGCCCUCUGGUGAAGAGUUACUGUUAAUGAUGAAGGAAGAGAAAGCACAGCCUCUGGAGACUUCUGACCAACUUCCUCAUGUCCUGGCUGCAGUGGGCCCUCCACGUCUGUUUUCCCCGUCUUCUGCCCCCAGCCCGGACGAAUCUCACAGCACUAAGAGUGAGAGCGACGCCACCAUCGAAGUGGACAGUGUCGCAGAAUCACAGGAGGGGCUUGGGGAGAACGAGUCAACUCAUAGCUUUGAUGCUAGUGCAAGUUCAAGCAAUUCCAGCAUCUCACUGCAGGAUCGAGAUGGAAAGGACAGAGGUCAGAAGAGGUUAUUGGAUUGCACUACUGGCUCGUCGGCCAAGAAGCAAAAACGCAGUCAGAAACGUUCAAGCACAGUAUGUAAAACAGAGAAGAAUGGAGCAGGUCACAGUAGCGACAGUGAGGACCUGCCAGCCAUGGACAGCUCUAAUAAGCUAACCCCAGUCAAGCACUCCAGCCUAUCCAAGAGCCAUAAGCUUUCUCGGUCGCCCGGUCUGGCUUCUCCCAACAGUAAAGACAUGGAGAAAGACAAGCACAAAGAGAAGCAGUCCGUCCCUUCCCCCCGCACAUAUAAGUGGUCCUGCCAGCUGACUGAGCUGGACAACAUGACAAGUGCUGAGCGCAUUUCAUUCUUGCAAGAGAAGCUACAGGAAAUCAGGAAGUACUACAUGUCACUCAAGUCUGAGGUGGCUUCCAUCGACAGGAGGCGGAAAAGGUUAAAAAAGAAGGAAAGAGAAGUGUCCCACACCACAGCGUCCACAUCAUCAGGCUCGUCCGACACAGGCAUGAGCCCGUCUUCAGCUUCCCCCACGCAGAACACUGUGGCCGUCGAGUGCAGGUGAUGUCCCGCCCCCGGCCCCCUGCCCCGCUCUGCCUUCUCAGCAUCCUGCUGCCUCCACGGAGACACACUGGCAUACUGACGGGCCAGAGCAAACAGCCAAUAGCACUCGACUGCCCACCGCCUCCACGUCUCCUCUGAUCCCUCCCACCUUCUGCACUUUGUAAACUGAUCCUGCCUCCUCUCGCUCGCUGUCGCACCAGGGAACAGACUCCACGUGAGGGUUGAAUGUAAUCUAUGAAAUCAAAGCUUAUGAUUUAUCCAUCCAGAACGAAUACGACAGCACUUUUCACUUCGCUCUCUACAAACGCUGAACAGAAACCUCUUCUUACUGCUUCUGCGCUGCAGGGACUGAAUUUGGAUGCAGUAGUCAAUCAGUUGUACGUUCCUCUAUCAGAACAUGGUAAGAACAUUGUCUCAGAUCCCUAGGUAAUGGUCACCUUAACCAGCUGGACAUGGUUAUUCAAAGAAAGGUCAAUUGUAGUGCGCUUGUUCCAUCAGAACUGCCAAAGUACGCGUGUUACAGCAGAGUGCCCUAUUUUGGAACAGUAGGACAAAGUCAAUUGCAAAUGGGAAUGUAGUUUACUGAAAACUGCAGCCAGCGUCUUCCACUUCUAUCUUAGUAUGCGAGCACAGAGAAUUAUGCAAAACCUAUUUUUGUUAUCUCUUUUUAAGAAAAUGAAAAUUAAAAAAAAAAAAAAAAACCUAAACAUGUUUACAGUGGAACACGAGAUAAAACUGUUUUCAGUGGACUAAUUUCCUUUGCAAGUGUAUUUUGUCUUUUUAUAUGUAAUUGCAGAGUUUUUAUUUUAGUAUGGAAAAUUUCAAAAAGUAUAUAUCACAGCCGUGAAGUUAUUUAAUGAAAGAUUUCUAGAGCUGAAAUUUUUGUGUAAAAUAAAGGUAUUAUCUUGCAACUUGUUAAAUAUAUUUAUUCAGUCCGUGGACAGCAUUUUUGUAUUUUUUACAAGAUGAAUCACAAUCGUCCCACAUUCGGUUCGGUCGGUGGGGUAGAAAGAAUAUGAGAAAUUUUGU